AUGGGGUGUACACCUUCACACAGUGACAUUGUAAACAGCGUUGCAAAGAGUGGCAUUCAGUUCUUGAAAAAGCCCAAAGCAAUUCGGCCAGGAUGUCAGGGCGGAAGUGAAAGGGGUUCCAUCCCUUUGCUGGUUAAAAACUCCACCUGCUAUGACGCUGGGGAGGGCCUGGCAGAGGAGCAGCCAAGUUCCAGGAGGAACCAAACCACAGCUAAAGGUUUUUGUCAGCUCAUGGGAGAUCCUGCUUCAGGCAAAAGCAAAGAUAUGGAAGGACUGAUCCCAGGAACCAAAACCUCUUCAUCCCAGCUGAACAAAUCACAAAGCCACAUGGCUAAGGAUAUUCCGUUCAAGACACAGGGUUCCCAUGGAUCACAAGGGGCAGACUUUUCUGGAGAUGAGAGUGAGGAAAGUAGUACCCAAGAUACUUCCAAAUGGAAAAGGACACCAAAAUGUCACACGUCAAGCACACAGAGCCACUGCUACCAAACCAUCCACCCUGCUCAUGAGUCUGAAGGCAAAGUGGACUUCCCGGAGCCUCUGGUAAAGGCCCACCAGCACGCUUAUGCCUAUCUACACUCCAGCCUCUCCAAAUAUGAAGCAAUUCUGUGCAUCAUCCAUCAGGCCACCCAGACCCGGGAGCUGCUGCAGCCCAUGGUCAGCUUCCUGCUGCUGUGCUUUGAGGAGAUCAGCCAGCUGCUGGGGGAGAUCUCCAAGGAUGGAGAAGUGCUCCUGCAGGAAGUCAGGGGGGAUCUGGCUUGGCCUUUGAAGAAAAGAGAGCCCCAGGAGCAGCCAGAUCUCCUGCAACAGCUGCUGCAGUACACAGUCAGCAAGCUGCAGGUGCUCAAUGGCACGGUGGCCUCGCUCACCGGCAGCUUCCUGGAGGGCUCCAGCAGCUACCUCCACUCCACUGCAACCCACUUGGAAAAUAAGCUGAGUGCAAAAAGGAAUGUGGAUGAACGCCUCCUGAGGGCUCUGGGGCAGCUAGAGAGCCUGGCGAGUGGCUGUGGUGACCCUGGGGUGCAGGGUCUCCCCUUGUGCUCUGAGGACAGUGGCAUUGGUGCUGACAAUGAGUCCGUGCAGUCAGUGGACAAGCUGGGCAAGCAAACCAGCUGGGACCUUGCACCAGAGCCCGAAGAAUGGAAGUCGGUGACUUCACCCCACACAGAGGCCAGGCAGUCAGGACACACCUGGCAGCAAAGUCCAUUCUGUAUGGAGUCAGACAGACCCCAGGACUGCCUGCUCUCAGGGGCUCCUAUGGCAAAGGUUCAGCCACGAGCACAAGAUGAAGCAAGGAGCCCAUACCUCUCCAGUACAAGCCCAGAAAAUAUCACCUCCCCACCUUUGAAGCUGGGGACAAGCACCCCAUGUGAUUCCUUUGGGAUUGGGGUCUCUGUGGAACCACACCUUUCCAAAACCUCCAGGCUGAUGGACGCUUCAUCUCUCAGUGACAGUGAGGACAGCAGCCCAGAGGAGGAAGACAAAAUGAGCAGCACGAGUCUGUGCGCCUGGCAAGAAAAAGCUCCACAUUCAAGGCCACGAUCUUCACCUGCUGACCGGGAAAGCCCAUUUCAGGCCCGCACCCAGGCCCAGGAAAUGAUUCUGAAGAUGAAGGAGGCAAUCAGCGAAAGGAUCAAGUUUGUCCCUGUGCCCUGUGGGCACCAGGACUGGUCUGAGGAGGAGGAGGGGAGGACAGUGGUCCCCCCGAGACCCAGCACGGUGAGUGGCAGCAGGAGGGCCCCUGAGAGGCAGAGAAGAUCCCAGUCAGAGUCGUGUCUCCAGAGUCAGGUGGAGGACGCCACCUUGCAGGAGCUGCGAAGGGUCCAGAGGGACCUCAGUCAGAAGCUGGAGGCAUUUUAUGCCCUGGGUGCCAAAGGGCAGGGGCAGAGCCAGGAGCAGAUUCUGCAGCCCAGAGCAGCAGCCGUGUGGCCCAAUGGCACCUGCAGGGUCAGUCCAAGCAACACCACCAGCAGGCUCAAGGCAUCCCUCACCAAGAACUUCAGUAUUUUGCCUAGUCAGGACAAGAGCAUCUUGCAGAAAUGCAAUCCCCAUCCUGAGGACGAACAAGGCAAAGCUGAGAAGCUUCCAAAUGCCAUCCCAUCAGGAGAGGUCAGUGAGGCUGCCAAGGCCACAGACUGGAAUGUCAGGGGCUGUCCCACCAGAACAUCCGUCAAGAAGCUUAUUGAAACUUUCAGUCCCACGGAGAGUCUGAGGACGCUGGGGGACUCUAAGGACUCAGGGGCAAGUCCCUGCCUCAGGAAUUGCAUCAUGCCCCCCAGAUUUCCCAUGUACAGGGGGCUAGCCCCUUUGUAUCCGAAGCCCCAGAUUUCUCCAGCAUCAGGCAGAGAAUCUCUCAAAAUGGGCAUAGGCUGGAAGCCCUUAGCACCUAUCUUUCCCCCUCUGACUAAAGCAGAAGCAGCCAAGAGAGAGGAGCUCAGCUGUGAAAUGGAGGGGAACCUCGAGCACCUCCCUCCACCGCCCCUGGAAGUUCUGAUGGACAAAUCAUUCACUUCUCUGGAGUCCCCAGAAAGCAGCAAGUCCACAGAGAGCUCCCCCAAGGAAACCCAGGAUCCAGGGCCGGGAGAGGCUGGCCCCACCAGGAGAACAUGGGCUUCCCCAAAGCUGAGGGCCUCUAUGAGCCCCCUGGACUUGCUGCCCAGCAAGAGCACUGCCAGCCCGACCAAGCCUCACAGCACAGGGCCAGGGAGUGGCAGGAGCAGCUGCCAGCCCAGGAAGCCAGCCCUCGACCUGAGCCGCCCACCAGCCACCAGCCAAAGCCCCGAGGUGAAGGGUGGGGCUUGGAGUCAGGGAGAGAAGGCCACCAGCCUCUACAGGCAGCCCCGGAAGGCCAUCGCCUGGCACCACUCCGGCCCUCCAUCUGGGCAAAACAGGACCUCAGAGUCCAGCCUGGCCAGACCGAGGCAGAGCCGAGAGAGAAGCCCCCCUGUGGGCAGAAAGGCCUCUCCCACAAGGAUACACUGGGUGCCUCAAGCAGACAAGAGGCGCCGGAGCCUGCCCUCCUCUUACAGACCUGCCCAGCCAAGCCCCUCUGCUGUGCAGACGCCCCCCAGCCCACCACUCAGCCCUGGAGCUCCCAGCCCACCUGUGAGCCCCAGGGUGCUAAGCCCACCCACCACAAAGCGGCGAACUUCCCCACCGCACCAGCCUAAGUUGCCCAGCCCUCCCCCCGAGAGUGCACCCACUCAGUGCAAGGUCCCCAGCCCUCCGACCCAGCACCCAGAAGUAACCCCCCCUUCCUCGACUCCCUCCCCAUCACCCCCAAUGUCCCCUUCUCAGGGGCACAAGGAAACAAGAGACUCUGAAGACAGCCAAGCAGUCAUAGCCAAAGUGUCUGGAAACACACAUUCCAUAUUCUGCCCAGCUACCUCCUCUCUGUUUGAAGCUAAACUGCCACUCUCAACAGCCCACUCACUGACCCCACCAUCGCUGCCGCCAGAGGCUGGGGGCCCUCUCAGGAACGCAGCAGGAUGCUGGAGGAGCAGCUCAGGGCCUUGGCUGAGAGCAGACUCACAGCGGAGAGCAGCUCUGUGUGCCCUCAACCCUCUGCCUUUCCUCAGGAGGACAGCUUCUGACCGCCAGCCGGGUGGCCGACCGCAGCCUCCCGCCUUGGACCCCACCAGCACCUCUUGUGAAUCCCAGCUCGGCCAAAGCAGCAGCAGCGAGGAGAGCCCUAAGAAGGACACAGAGCCGGGGAGCAGCCCCUGCUCCCCUGAACUGCAGGGCGGCACCAGGCGUGCAUCUCCCCCAGAGUUCUGUGUGCUGGGCCACGGGCUGCAACCGGAGCCUCGUACCGGCCACAUCCAGGACAAAUCCCAGCCAGAGGCACAGCCCCAGCAAGAGGAGGUGUCCUGA